AUGGCCGCGCCCACUUCCUUGUCAGACUUUUGCUCCUACGCCCAAGUGACAAGGGAGGUUUUGACGCAGCACUACUUUGAGCCCUAUGAUAACACCAUCGAGUGCACCCGGAACUCAAUAUUUUGGAUUUACACAAAUAUGAAUCCGUACAUGAAGCCAAUGCGCAAGGACGAGGUUCAAGUCAGCUUGGACUUGCUCACCACCAUCCGUAUCCUGCCAUGGGAUCAACAGCCAGAUGAGCAUCUGGUCUUCGCUCUUCCACAGAACCCAGAACGGAUGCAGGUUACUGAAGUAACAGAGAAGGAAUUUUCAGUGGCGGCUUUGUUUCUGGAGGAACUUGCGAAAACAUGCCCUGGAGACUAUG